CAUGGGAAGCCACUUUUUAAACCCUAAUGCUGCUUCACGGUGUUGCAAGCGGAAGUGGUUUCUCCGAGAAAGCUAAGCUAACAAGCUUGCUAACUCUGUAAGUGUGUGACAUCGUCACGGAUUGGUAUUUCAUUCCAUUUUUUUAACACACAAUUCGAUACGGACAAAACAGGACUGAUUUAACAAAGCCUGUUAGUUUGGGAAUAUGCCGAAGAAUAAAGGUAAGGGGGGAAAGAAUCGACGACGUGGUAAAAAUGAGAAUGAAUCAGAAAAGAGAGAGCUGGUUUUCAAAGAGGAUGGCCAAGAAUAUGCACAGGUCAUUAAGAUGUUGGGUAAUGGACGACUGGAAGCUAUGUGUUUUGAUGGAGUCAAGCGACUUUGUCACAUCCGAGGAAAACUACGGAAAAAGGUUUGGAUCAACAGUUCAGACAUCAUCCUGGUGGGACUUCGAGAUUACCAGGACCAAAAAGCUGAUGUUAUCCUGAAGUACAAUGCAGACGAGGCCAGGAGUUUGAAGGCCUAUGGGGAGCUUCCUGAACAUGCUAAAAUCAAUGAGACCGACACAUUUGGACCUGGUGACGACGAGGACAUUCAGUUUGAUGACAUUGGAGAUGAUGACGAGGACAUUGAUGAUAUCUGAAUCAGGACUAUUGUGUGCCACAUCAUUUACGCAGAGGAAAGUGGACAUUUCUAUAAUCCUCAAGUCAGUUGAGACUGCUUAAGACCUGGAAUCUGUCAAAUGAGAACAUCACACCUACUUCAGUUCACACUUCACAUUUUUGUUAUAGGUGUAAUAUAUUUAUAUUUUAUUCCAUCUCAUGCGGAAUAUAGGCUCAAAUUACAGAACACCAGAAUUUAAAAUAAAAAAACUGAAAUAAAUGUUUGGUCUGAAGAUUUGUUGUCUAAAACAAAGUAUCCCCCCCUUUUUUAGAACAUACUUUUGUUUUCUUGAUAUUGAUGAUCAAUAAAGUAAUUAUUUUAAAA